GAACAGCUAUGCCUGAAUGUGACAGGGCAGUGGGGGACCAUUGAGGACACGCAGCGUGCAGAACAGGUAGGUUAGGAAAACGGGCAGCUGACCAAACUCUCCUAAUGUUUGGGUUAAUGUUUAGCCUCCGGACGGGCAGCUCUUGGCCCUGCAACCGCCUCCGUGGACUGAACGGCCUGAAGGAGCUUCCGUUCCUCAGGAACAACUCGUCAAAAAUGUCGUCGGAUUCCCACUGGCUCCCCCCUGCAGACCGGGAUCAGCUGAUGAUGGAGCUCAGGGCUACAGGAUGGAUGGAGGUGGAGGAUCGAGAUGCCAUAUUUAAAGAGUUUCACUUUAAAACCUUUAAUCAGGCAUUUGGCUUUAUGUCUCGAGUGGCUCUGCAGGCAGAGAAGAUGAACCAUCACCCGGAGUGGUUCAAUGUUUAUAAUAAGGUCCAGAUUACACUGACGACACAUGACUGUGGAGGACUCUCCAAACGGGACAUCAAACUGGCCAAGUUCAUUGAUAAUGUCGCUGUUUCCCUGUAAACUUCCAAAGGUUUUAGCAGUCAAGCUGUUUCUAGGUUCCUUGCUUUUGUAUUCAGAUCUUCUAUAAUUGGGAAUUUUGCUAAAUAUCCGUCUGCUCAUCUCUAAAAAUUAAAAACUCGUUCAAAAGUAGUUUUUUUUUUUUACCUUACUUGUGUAUUUGUAUAUUAGCAGUUUUCUAUUAUAGACUUUGUGUUUAGUUUAAGAAAUAUCAGAAAAACAAAAGCUGCCUUCACCUCACAUUGAGCUUCUCGUUUCCAAGUUUCCACACAGAAAAUGAAAAUAGUGGUAAGUGCUGUUUGGUAUCCAGUACCUGCCAGGGAUCUGCAGAAUCCUCUCAGCAGUCAGUCCUCCCCCGAGCCACAUGUUCUUGUUUAGGCUCCACAGACUGAAGGAGGUCAGCGUCGGUAGGAAGGGGAUUUAUUUGAUUUACAGUUUGGUCAUGGAUGAGUCAGAUAGAGCUCCCAUGUUUUCUGCUUUUAGAAAAGAUCAGCAAAUAACAGCUUUUCUUUGAACUUGAAGAUGUGGAUGUGAGAUCAUCUUCUUCCCAAAAGUUGACAAAUGCCACAAAGGAUCCACAGACAGUCCCUCAGGGUGAUAACAUGAGGAAAGAAGGAGAACGCAAAUGAAGGAACACUAUUAUUCGCCUUUUAUGAGACGUGAGGAAUUUUUUUCUCAAAAUUCUCUCAUUUGGCUAGAGGAAUGUCUUGGAAGAACCUUUCAGGUCAACAUCUCCGUUAAAUUAUGGCGAGGCCCUUCCAAACAUGAAUUGCCUCCUCUUUGCAGAAGUCUGUCAUUGAUGGACUUCUACAGUCUUCUUCAUCCAAGUUCUCCUACGCUGCAGCUCAGAGUCCCGCCCCACCCUGGGUAAAACUGAGCGUUCCAAGCAGAGCCGCCAAAAACCAGAGUAGUCCCUUCAACAUAUUUUGACCUGUUCUUAUUUUAACAAUAAAAAAAGGUUUAAAAUGUACAUUUUUGUGCCCAAAGGUUUUGUCAAAUGAUUGAUGGCUGUCUUUCAAUGUGGAAUAUGAACAUUUUUAUCUUACAGCGUUGCCUUUAAUUGUGUUUUUUGCUAAAUGUACAGCUCAGCUAAAUUCUUUGCUAAAAUCUUAUUGUUUUUUUUUAACAUGCAAUCAAUGAUAAAUUAUAGUAUGAUUUUUUUUCUGGGUUUCUAUUUUAUGUAAAUCUCAACAAACGUUGAUACUAAAGUAAAUGUAAUCACAAGUUAAGAAGUCUGUGAAAAAAAUAAAAAUUCCAUGAGUCAGGUUUAGUUGUGAUUAGAUCAAACCAUCCAUCCAGCAUCUUUUCCUGAUUAACAAGGUUCUAAUAUAUUUUUUUUCACUUUUUGAUAAUGUAUUUAUUAUUUAAAAAUACAUUUAUAAAAUAUGUUGUCUAACAUUUAUUUAUUUUUGUUUGCAGCUAGAUUUUUGUUUUAGUGCAUGAUGGGAAGAACUCAAAAAGUGAACUCAACCUAUAUUCAAGCAGAGAUCCAACAUGGAUGAAACCUAAAGUUAUAUUGUCUGUAAACGUUUAUAUUAAACUCUGGGAAUUCUGUUUUUUUUUUUUUUGCUGCAAAAGCAUCUAAACCCACACAAAAGCUGCUGACGAAGACGGGAUGAAGGGUUGCAGAUAAGAAGUCAAAUAUGCUGCACAAAUAAUCCAUAAACGAGUGUGACCGACACUAAU